CCAAUCGCUUUUGGCCACGACGGACGACCGCGCUCGACCGAACGUCGUUCUGAUCCGCUGCCGCCCGCCAUGGACGACCCGAGAAGAUUUGUGAACAUCAACUUGAGCACGAACGAACUGGUGUCGAAUCAAUCGAUCGAUGAGAACGGAAAGACCGACUCCAGGCGCGCCGAGGGGCUCACGAUCACCUACGGCAUUGAUGACAACCCGCCGUGGUACUUGUGCAUCUUCAUGGCCCUGCAGCAUUACCUCACGAUGAUCGGAGCCAUCGUGUCCAUCCCGUUCAUCCUUACGCCGGCACUGUGCAUGCGCGAGGACGAUCCAGCCCGAGGUCACAUCAUAUCCACCAUGAUAUUCGUAACCGCCAUAGUGACGUACGCACAGGUCACGUUCGGUUGUAGGCUGCCGAUCGUGCAAGGAGGAACGAUAUCGUUUCUCGUUCCGACGUUGGCGAUUUUGAAACUACCGCAGUGGAGAUGUCCUUCGUCGGACGUUAUCAAUAACAUGAACGCCGCGGAACAAGAGGAACUAUGGCAAGUGCGAAUGAGAGAGCUUUCCGGUGCAAUAGCCGUAUCGGCUUUGUUUCAGGUGUUCAUCGGAUACUCCGGUCUGAUCGGCAAGAUAAUCAAGUAUGUGACCCCGCUAACGAUCGUCCCCACCGUGUCGCUGGUGGGCUUGUCGCUGUUCGAAAACGCAGCUGAAUCCGCCUCCAAGAAUUGGGGAAUAUCCAUGGGUACGAUAAUUCUGUUGACGCUGUUCUCGCAAUUCCUCGUCGACGUCCAGAUACCGGUACCCACAUACAGCAAGACAAAAGGCUUCACAAUGGUCAAAUUCAACGUGUUCCAAUUGUUUCCGGUGUUGCUGACCAUAAUGAUAAUGUGGAUACUGUGCGGGGUGCUCACUAUGACUGAUUACUUCCCGGUCGGACAUCCUGCCAGAACUGACGUUAAGAUUCGGAUUAUAGGAGAUUCGUCGUGGUUCCGAAUUCCGUACCCCGGUCAAUGGGGCUGGCCGACCGUCAGCGUAGCCGGCGUUGUGGGCAUGUUGGCCGGCGUACUGGCUUGUACCGUCGAGUCCAUAAGUUACUAUCCGACAACAGCAAAAAUGUGCGGAGCUCCGCCGCCGCCCGUGCACGCCAUCAACAGAGGGAUCGGUUUCGAAGGACUCGGGACGGUGCUCGCCGGACUUUGGGGAAGCGGCAACGGGACGAACACGUUCGGCGAGAACGUCGGCGCGAUCGGCGUCACCAAGAUCGGCAGCCGGCGUGUUAUACAGUACGCUAGUUUACUGAUGUUGAUCCAAGGUAUCAUCAAUAAAUUUGGUGCCGUCUUCAUUAUCAUCCCUGAACCCAUCGUGGGAGGAAUGUUUUGCAUCAUGUUCGGAAUGAUAAGUGCAUUUGGAUUAUCCGCUCUGCAGUACGUUCAGUUGAACUCGUCGAGAAAUUUAUACAUUAUUGGAUUUUCAAUAUUUUUCUCAUUGGUCUUACCGAAAUGGCUUAUUGCCCAUCCCAACGUGAUCCAAACUGGUAACGAAAUCCUGGACAGCGUAUUGACCGUUAUUUGCAGUACGAGUAUUCUAGUCGGAGGCAUGAUCGGAUGCUUUUUAGACAACACCAUACCUGGCACUCCGGAAGAAAGGGGCUUGAUUGCCUGGGGAAAGGAAAUGAAUUUGACCAGUGCGCCGACCACGGGCGAAGAGUCCAGUACGUACGAUUUUCCGAUCGGCAUGGAGACGUUAAGAAAAAUGAAAUGGACGUACUCCGUUCCGUUCUUACCCACGUACAGACCGAAGACACAUUAACCGCUUUCUGUGCUCAUAUCGUACACAUUAGUGCCGUGCUGUCAAGAAGCAACGUCCAUAUUGAUCGCUAUAAUCCUUACCGAUCAUGAAAGGCCAAAAAAAUUAUUAUUAUUUUUUUCCCCCACCAAACUUGGUGUUUAGAUUGUGGUAAUGUUUACCCGAAAAUCCAAUGCUCUCACCGAUUAUUCCGGUUUUCUUUUGUUUCACUUGUCAAUGCACGUAGUUAACAAACGAACGCAUUUAAAUAAAAAUCGUGUUCGUUCGAAAUCGUAAUAAAAUAACUACAGAUGUGAA